AUGUCCGCCAAGGAACAGGCUCUUCUCUUAGACCCGCCGGGCGAAUUACGUUUCAGAGGGCCUUUCACAGAUGUAGUCACUGCAGAACUCAAACUGACCAACCCAACUGACAGGCGUAUCUGCUUCAAGGUCAAGACAACAGCACCAAAACGAUACUGUGUUCGUCCCAACAGUGGCAUUCUGGAGCCACACAACUCCAUAUCUGUGGCAGUAAUGCUUCAGCCAUUUGACUUUGAUCCACAAGAAAAAAACAAGCACAAAUUCAUGGUGCAGUCCAUGUUUGCUCCUGAAACUCUAGGCGAUAGUCCAGAUAAUCUGUGGAAGGAAGUAUUGCCAGAGAACCUCAUGGACACAAAACUCAAGUGUGUCUUUGAGAUGCCAGACUCAGUACACCAAACCAUCUCCCCACAGCUGAACAGGUCACAGGAUUCAGCCCCGCUGUCUUAUUCAGAGAGCACAUUUGAGGAUUCUUCCAGAAGAACAGAUUCUCCCAAGAGGCCAAGUGGGGUUACAUCGGAUGAUGCCAGGAAGCUGCAAGUAGAGCUGAAGACUGCCCAGGCAGAACUGUCUUACCUCAAGUCUGAGAACAGCAAGUUGAAGGAGGAGGGUCUGCGGUUGAGGAAACUGAACGUGCCUGGCACAGUGGCCUCCUCACACGCACACACAACAUCGGUGUCUGGUCAGCGAGCACAGAUCUUCCCCCCGGUGGUGUACAUGCUCGCUGCCAUCAUCAUUGGCUUGAUCAUCGGCAAGUUUUUACUUUGA